GCUGUUUUCUCCCCCGUCACCGUCGCUCCGGCCCGGCGUCCGACCAGCGACCGACCCGCCGCCACGGCCGCAGAGAGCCGUCAGAGACAUGUGUCACCCGUGCUCGGAGGAGGCGACAGACCGCGGCUGCAAUAAAACAGAUAAACCAUCAUGAUUCCCAUCACAGAGCUCCGGUACUUUGCUGACACCCAGCCAACGUACCGUAUCCUGAAGCCAUGGUGGGACGUUUUCACCGACUACAUCUCGGUCAUCAUGCUGAUGAUCGCAGUGUUCGGCGGUACACUGCAGGUCACGCAGGACAAGAUGAUCUGCCUGCCUUGCAAGUGGGUGGUCAACAAGUCAUGCGAGACCAUGCCCGUCGCAAACAUCACCACCUCCUAUGCACUGGAACCCAAAGGCAUUCAGUAUGACCUCGACCGCCAUCAGUACAAUUAUGUCGAUGCCGUCUGCUACGAGAACGAGCUACAUUGGUUUGCCAAAUAUUUCCCUUAUCUGGUGCUACUCCACACUCUCAUCUUCCUGGCCUGCAGCAACUUCUGGUUCAAGUUUCCACGCACAAGUUCCAAACUGGAGCACUUUGUCUCCAUCCUCCUCAAGUGCUUUGACUCCCCAUGGACAACAAGGGCUUUGUCCGAGACCGUGGUGGAGGAGAGGGAUCCCAAACCUCUCGCAAAAAUGAAUGGUUCAAUGGACAAGAAGGCCUCCUGCGUGAGUGAGGAUGUUGAGGCUAGCGUGCCCAUGCUUCAACGAACAAAGUCUAGAAUUGAACAAGGAAUUGUAGAUCGCUCUGAGACUGGUGUGUUGGAUAAAAAAGAAGGGGAGCAGGCCAAGGCUCUGUUUGAGAAGGUGAAGAAGUUCAGGAUCCAUGUCGAGGAGGGUGAUAUAGUCUACCGCCUUUACAUACGUCAGACCAUCAUCAAAGUAAUCAAAUUUUUACUGAUAAUUAGCUACACAGCCUACUAUGUACAAUACAUCAGGUUCAGUGUGGUGUGCACGGUGAACCUUCAGAAGCUAACAGGGUACAGCACAUUCUCUUGUGCCCACCCAUUGGCGACACUUUUCAAGAUUUUGGCCUGUUUCUACAUCAGCUUGGUUGUGGUUUAUGGUUUUAUCUGCAUGUACACUCUGUGUUGGAUGCUCAGCCGCUCCCUCAAGAGAUACUCUUUCGAAUCAAUCCGGGAGGAGAGCAGCUACAGUGACAUCCCUGACGUGAAGAACGACUUUGCCUUCAUGCUACACAUGAUAGAUCAGUAUGACCCUCUGUACUCCAAGCGCUUCGCUGUGUUUCUGUCAGAGGUGAGCGAGAACAAGCUGAGGCAGCUGAACCUGAACAACGAGUGGACGUUGGAGAAGCUGAGGCAGCGCAUCACCAAAAAUUCCCAUGAGAAGCUCGAGUUGCAUCUGUUCAUGCUCAGCGGGAUCCCAGACACAGUAUUUGAUCUGAUAGAGCUGGAGGUGCUCAAGCUGGAGCUCAUCCCAGACGUAACCAUUCCACCAAUCAUCGCCCAACUUUCCAACCUGAAAGAGAUGUGGCUUUACCACACCCCAGCUAAAAUUGAGGCCCCAGCUCUGGCGUUCCUCAGGGAAAACCUAAAGUCCCUCCACAUCAAGUUCACUGACAUCAAGGAGAUCCCUCUGUGGAUCUACAGCCUGAAGAACCUCAGUGAGUUGCACCUGACUGGGAAUCUGAGUGCAGACAACAAUCGUUUCAUUGUCAUCGAUGGACUCAGAGAGCUGAAAAGGCUCAAAGUGCUACGACUGAAGAGCAACCUUACCAAGCUGCCGCAGGUGGUGACAGAUGUGGGCGUGCACCUCCAGAAGCUCUCCGUCAAUAACGAGGGCACCAAGCUGAUGGUGCUCAACAGCCUGAAGAAGAUGGUUAAUCUGACGGAGCUUGAGCUCGUUCGCUGCGACCUUGAGCGCAUCCCUCACUCCAUCUUUAGUUUGCACAAUCUGCAGGAGAUUGACCUGAAGGACAACAAUCUGAAGACGAUAGAGGAGAUCAUCAGCUUCCAGCACCUGAACCGGCUCGUGUGCCUGAAGCUGUGGUACAACCAGAUCGCCUACAUCCCUAUUCAGAUCGGAACGCUCACCCACCUGGAGAGGCUGUACCUCAACAGGAACAAGAUCGAGAAAAUCCCCAGUCAGCUUUUCUACUGCCGCAAGCUGCGCUUCUUAGACCUGAGUCACAACAAUCUGACCAGCAUCCAUGCUGAUGUGGGCUUCCUCCAGAACCUGCAGUACUUCGCUGUGACAGCAAACCGGAUCGAGACUUUGCCCCCAGAGCUUUUCCAGUGUAAGAAGCUGCGCACUCUGAAUCUGGGAAACAACUGCCUGCAGACGCUGCCGUCACGCUUCGGAGAGCUCACCGGCCUGACCCAGCUGGAGCUGAGAGGCAACCGUCUGGAGUGUCUCCCCGUUGAGCUCGGCGAGUGUCGGCUGUUGAAGAGGAGCGGCCUGGUGGUGGAGGAGGACCUGUUCAACACGCUGCCAUCAGAAGUCAAAGAGCAGCUCUGGAGGGCCGAUAAAGAGCAAGCUUGAGCCAAACCUCUGCAGUGAACUUUAGGGAGAGAAGUUUGAUUUAAGGGAGAAAAAAAACAAGCAGUGGUUUUGUUUAUAAAGCUAGCGAAACCUUGGUUUGAGGUAUGCAGCAUUGUUUGCCAUGAGGGCUCAAACAGGUGAUGUGAACUAUGAAAGCAUAGACGACGGAUUUCAAGACCUCCAAGGAAAAAUUGUCGUAAUCUCAUCCAACCUCUGUGAUGAAGUGUAAUUUAAUCCUAAAUAACUGCAAGGAUUCAAGCAGGUGACGUCAAAUAUGCAUGCCACAGGUGGACCUGUCUCAAGCAAACUUCUUUUUUGGAAGGAGCCCCAAAAAGAAACAGAAGAAACUUUGCACGACUCAGCCUUGCCAUUGAGCUCAACGUGCUCACGAUCACUUUGUCGCCGGCUGUGGGAUACAUGCACAAACUGAACACGCUCAAAGCAGCGUUUAUCCUGCCAUUCCUCUGGCCUUGAGACUCAACAUUUCACUUUUCGAAAUUUUUACAAUCACAUUUGCAGUUGUGAUGCAGUGUGACUACUGAAUACUGGUGGAUGUUGAGACAAUUGAACAGAUCGGUUGAUUUUGGUCUUUGGCCCUCUUCAGGCUCUCGAACAAAAUGACUUUGUGAUGAAGAUCAACAGGUCAUCACAGGUGAUCUCACAGCAUAGGCCUUAACUUACAAAGAAAAACUGUCAGAUAUUCAGCAACAAACAAAUUCUACAGAACAAUGUCUGAAUACCCUGCGGUAUUUGAUUUAUAUUGUCAGCCUGUGGGCAGGAUAUAGUUCAGCUGUAUUCACUGCGCAGUGGAGACAGAUCACAGCAAGGCAACACAAGUCUGCUGGUCAACACUCAGAUUGAGGUUUUAUACUAUUACAUGAAGGCAAAUCUAACAGGUUGUGGGCUGAGCUAAUCAAUGGGUUUGUGUGAGAACAAAAGCUGAGUAUAACUUAAGGUAAGGCCAAAUUUGCAAUACAAAGUUCUCCUAUCUGCCAAUUUUCCCUUUUGGUCUGUCCCCUCACCACCUCCUGCUAUAACGUGGUAUCUCUUGCUACAUCCACACUACUAUGUUUUUGUUUGAAAAUGCAUCAAAAACCUUCUCACAGGCUACUUCCUGGGAAGGUUUAUUCAGAGUUUUACACAGGUACCUGUUAAUUAAUGUAGAGCAGUUUGUCUUAGCACAGAAAUAGGGUCAUGUAGAGAUAUAGGAAACUUGAUGUAGGUACAUUAAGAAAAUAUCCAGACAAAGAAAUUAAGUGAAACUAUUUUCUUGAACAGGGGCUGUGGUGAAGAAAUGCCCCAUUCCUCUUGGACUCUUCAUUUAGCUUCACACUGCAUCACUUAUGCAUGUGAAGCCGGCUUUAUCUUAUUUUGCUUGACUGAACAUCACGUACUUAACUGAUCUGUCUUAUUAAUUAUGUGAGAUGGGCUUUGUUGCAACAAACUGAAAAAUGUAUUUUGAGACUAAAGUACACAAUUUGGUGCUUUAAAAUGCUACCACACUCUGGUAUCAGGAUUUGGCCUCUGAAUCAGGCUUUAAAGUGAUUGGUUUAAUGUUGAGUAACAAUUUAAUUUAAUUUAAUUCUUUGUUUGUUUUGUUUUUGCCUGUAUAUGACAGAGAUAGAAGAGGUAUGACGUGAAUCAAAGGUCCCUGAGCACAACCAAACAAUAGAUGAUGUGUCAUGCACUGUCACUAUACAGCCACUAGAGCACAAAAUGAGGCUACAUCCAUUCUACAACGUUAUCAUUUGAAAAUAAAAAUAAACUCUACUAUGGAUAUACCUGGGGUCCACAUUACUCCGGAGUUCUAGAGCCACUAAAACAGAGAAGUUCGGAAACACUGCUGGCCCUGUCUUAGUUUGAAAACUCUUUUUCUGCGUUGGGCUGCGUUUUAGUCCAAAUGGGCAGAAACAGGGAUGUUUGGAAACGAUGACGUAGACACUCACAACCGCUUUCUGGUUGGGUGGCCUUCGCUGAUUCAUCGGGCUCCUAUCCCAAGAUUCAACGAACCAAUGAAAACGUUGUUGUAUGGAUGUAGCCUAAGAAACGAUUUUAAGAUCAUUAUGGGACAUACACCUGUAGUCAAAGAUCUUAGGUGACCUUUGUUCAAUUGAAGACAUGUUGCUUCACUGACCGGAUGAGAAUUACACAAUGUCCCUGCGCUCACAGUUUGCUGUCACUGUAUUAAAGCUACAGAGACGCAAACCUUCAGAAAACUCCCCGUCACAGUAGAUGUCCUUGUCAUUUUCAACUUUUAACGCAAGCUUGCACAAUAAAAGGAGCAGAAAUCAAGGUGCUUUCUAUGCUUCGCAUGAACUAUGAGCCCUCGGAUGAUUAUUGCUUAUACAGCUCCUCGAAGUGGAUGAACUGUAGACGUGAUGGAUGACAGUCGUAACUAGCUGCCAGGUACUGCCUGUCUCAAAAAGACAAGUGUUGACGUUAGCGACUCAAGUGCCCAGUUGUUUGCAUGCUUGCCAUCGUGUUUAUCUUCCUCAGUUUACUCCAGUGCUUUUUUUGUUGAAUCCUUCAUGAGCAAAAUGAGGACAAGCCAAAAGUUACAGAACAAAGGAAACUGCUUUUAAACGACCUACACCAGGGAAACAUUUAUUUGCAGGGAGAGUAUGCAGGGUAUGUGAUUUCAUGGUGCGUGCUGCAAAUUAGUGCAACAGCGCUUUGUGUGCUUGAAACACUUUUCUUGUUAAGACGUUGGAUUUAAUAGCAUCAUUUGGUGUAUUCCUGCUAUGUUUACUCCAGCCAGGCGUCUCUUGUUGCUAAUAUGGCCUUUCCCUUUACAAGCCGUACGCCCUCGUUAAUGAUCAUAAACAUCACGUCCAUGAGCUGUUGUUUAUAACAUAUGGCCUGAAAUGUUUCACAUCUUUGUUUCACGCAUAUCAGUCGAUACGGUUUGUGCUCUUGUUGUUACCAGCUGUUUUUUUUGUUUUUUUUUAUUUUAGCCAUGUAAGAGUUUCAAGUGAAGUCUCACUGUAGUAACAUGCCUGCACCUUUGUUCACAGUGAAUCUUGUUUUACUGAGGCCUUAGCUGAAUCCAAAUGUCCUUAGAGGUCACCAGUGAAGUGCUCCCACACAGUCUUAAAAGUGCAGUCCUGUCUACUCGAAUGUGUUGACUAGCAACCAGUUCUAAAGGUCGCAGACGACGUUGAGCGCAAAGAGGAACAGCUCUCAGCUUCUCCUGCAUGUGCAACAUCUUAAACAUUGUUUUAUUUUUUAUUUCCACUUUGGUGGUUCGGCUCUGGUUUCAUUUUUACGGUGCCAAGUUAGAGCAAGAACAUGUUUUUCCCUACAUACCUGCAGAUAGUGUCUGUUAACCUGUUGGAUGCUAAUGCAAAUAAUAAUUGAGGUACUGGCACAUUAAACUGCAAAUAUAUGUGCCUCUUAUAGGGCUGGAACAUGGCUCUUUAUGGUGGAGCCGUGCUGCUGACUCUCCUGCAGUGCAUCAUAGUGUCAAAUUAGGACAUUGACAUGUUGUUUUUAAUGUGUCUUGGCCUUCACUUUCUGGUCAUGUGAUUACAAAUCGAAUAGUCAAGGCUAUAUUAACUUUUUUCCCAUCCUUAUGUUUUGUUAAGGAGAAGUUCUGGCGCAGGAGCACUGUUUUACUCUGGAAAGUUCAGGAGUGUCAUAGACGUCUUUCUCAGGGCAUCGCUGGGAUCUUAUUCACACCUCAUCAGAAUAUUUGGAUUUGCUCAAAUAGUCACGUAUAUCUCUCCCUUUUCCACUUCAGCUUGGUUGUGGUCAGUCUACGUAAAACAUUGUGACACAAAUAUUUCUUGGUUUACUCAUCGCUCCAGAGCUAUGACUUCUGUCGUGUUCAGUCCCUCACAGUCACUUCCCUCUGAGUCACGAGUGGAGCACAUUUAACCUGCGGCCCCAUUCCCUUUCCUGCACGUCAGCAUCAGUGACUUAGCACGAGUGUGUGACAUGAGGUCAGUCAUCCAUUUGCCGAGUAUUGAAAAGAGGAAGUUUAAUAGAAAUGCCUCUUGGUGACAAAAUCUUUAUAGCACUUAGGUAAGUGUCAUGUAUUAUUUUAACACAUUAAAUAACCACAAUCAACACUUUUUUUAAUUCUGUGCAAAUGUGCUAGAAAAUGUUUUUUUCUUGUCACGUUUGCUUUCUGUCAAAUUUAAGUUAAACCAUGAAAUAUUGAAACUGUGUUUGUUUGUGAGUUGUGUAUGCCUUAAGUAGUGUAGUGUGUGUGAAGCAGUGUAACUGAUCCGUUUCCGAGCCACAGAGGGUUUUUACGGAGGUCUGACAAUGAGUUGAUUUUUUUUUUUUUGGGCCUCAGCUCCUGUCCCUUAAAACAAGACAUUAUUUCACAACCUUGAGACGACUCUUGACAAUCUAUCAUACUGUAAAUGGAGGUGAGCUCCCCUUCCAGUGUGCAUGGGCAUUGUGCAAAACACCUCACAUCAUCUGUUAAUAUCUGUAAUAUGUCUGAGGACUGAUCAAUUUUGGACAUAUACACAAACUAUUUCACUUGAAAUCAAAUUCAAAAAUUCCACUGCCAUGAUUGCAUUGGCAUCUAAUAUUUACCUAAUGUAUAAAAUGUUUUUAAAUACAUGAUUGUAUUUACUAUGUAUGAAAUCCAUCUGCAUUCUGACGCCUGUAGAUCAGGGAUAUGUGAAAACAGUUGUUUGGUUUCAGGUUUCGUAUCCACUUCAUUUCACAGCAUGAGUUGCUUGAUGCUGAACUUGUGUGCAUUAUAUUCAUAGUGUAAGCUGCCCACGUACUCUAGCAACAGUCAUUGCUGAACUCUUAAGCCUGUAAUCUGGAUCACACAUGUGACAUGCGUGACAAGGCCUUUAAUAAUUAAUUGUUGCCAAGUGGCUCGGACACUGGCUUUUUAAGCGUGACGUCUGUAUGAAUGAACAAAUGAACUUUUGAUUUCAUAAUGUUCCGACCCUACUUUUGUACCAUUGAUGAUGAAAUAAACACUGAAUUCUG